AGAACGCUUGCGCCCUGACUGCCUGACGCGUCUGGCAAGUGGUGCUUGCGCGCGCGUUCUCGCCAUCCACCAACAGCAGCAGCGGCGCAGCAGCACAGCUCUCUUGUCGUUCGUCCUCGCGCGAACAGGCAGAAUCAUCCUCCGCUCGUUCCGACGGCGGCUAACAAAUUUUUUUUUUUUUGUUAAUCGUCGUCGCGAAUCGCUUACUUUUUUUUUAACGUCGCGCGAGUGAUUUAGUGCGCGGACGAGGAACAGCAGCAAAAUAACACAAAAAGGAAAAGCGGCGCAGUACAGACGAGAGAGAGGCAGCAACCCGUUGCAGCAUGGCUACCGAGGGUGGCUUAGCCCCGGGGACAGGCGCUGAUGCGGCGCCAGGAGCAGGGGGCGGCGAUGGGGCGAUCGUUGGCGGGCCGCGAACGCCCCAGCAAAUCGCCGCCCAGAAAAGACUACAGCAGACCCAAGCACAAGUCGACGAGGUCGUCGACAUCAUGAAGACGAACGUCGAGAAGGUCUUGGAGCGCGAUCAAAAGCUCUCGGAACUCGACGAUAGAGCAGAUGCUCUUCAACAAGGUGCGUCACAAUUCGAACAGCAAGCUGGAAAAUUAAAAAGAAAGUUCUGGCUACAAAAUUUGAAGAUGAUGAUAAUCAUGGGUGUUAUCGGAUUAAUUAUCCUUGCCAUUGUUGUUGCAAACUUCAUGUAGGCGCGCUGAUUGGUGGAAGAAAUUUGUGUAUGAGUGAGUCAGCAAGUACUACUGGAGGCAGUGAUGCAUCAUAGAUAAAUUAAAAAAAGAAGAAAAGUAUUAAUAGGCGCGAAAGUGAUAUCUGGAUAUACUUAUGUUUUAGAAAAUAACGAAUAUGUUAUUUAUGUUACUCGUAUAUUUUUCAAAAUUAUGCAUUUCAUUGUAAAAAUAAAAAAGAAUUAUUUUAUCGAUUUUAUUUACGUUAUAUUGAAGAGCACAAAAUUUCGGUACAGAAUAUAAAUAGUUAGAUACUUAAAAGAAUAAUAUUAAUGUACUAAAAGAUUAUAGUAAUGAGCGUCAGCCAGGUAUGACUUCCUCACCUUUUAAGAAAACACGAAAAGAGCAAAAUUUGUCAAAUAAUACAUCAGACAACUGUAGCCAAGAGACGCAUCAGGACAAGAUUAUUUCAAUUUUGUUAUUUAAGUACCAAAAAAUGCCGAUUUCUUUGUCAAACUUGUAAUAAAAGGGCUUUCGUAACUUACAAAUGUAUGAAAAACAACGAUUCUUAUUCUAUCAUUUUCUAAUUGUUUCUCGUGAACUCGUCCAUUUUCGCGAUUCUUUCGACUAAUUUUGAGUAUUGAUAUACCAAUGAACUCAUGUUUUUGAGUAUACUGAAAAAAAUUCAGUUAAAAUAAAUCAGUAACUAUAAAUUGGUAUGUAUUUGACAAAAGAUGGGCGUGUUAACGAAUUUAUUGAAAAAGUUACCCAGUAAAUGUACACAAUAACAUUUUUGAAAUUUCAUUCUAUCUAUCAAAACUUUCGAAUAAAUAAGAUUCUUUUCACGAAAAUAACUAUAGUGUAACUGCCACUAAAGUCGAUGUUUUCUUUAUCAAUCUUUAUUAACACUAAUAUUCUUGCAUUAUUCAUGAACCGCUACCUUGAAUGAGAACCGAUUUCAAAUGGGUGAAUUAAACGAGAAAUACGUGAGAACUACACAUUUUUGUUUGUAUCAUAAUUAUAUUGAAUUACAUACAGUUGUUAGGAUUGCAAAACCUAUUGUUCUAUUGUGCAAUAAAGUGUUAGGAUUCUCUGUAAUAUUAAAAAGAAAAAUUUCAAAUAUAUAAUGAGAACAUAUUGUUAUAGAUACGAAUACUGUGGAUUUUUUUAAUUGUCAUCGAUGAAAAGUAAUAUAAGAGAAAAGUUGAGACAAAUAGGAAUCGGCGCUGCAUUUUGUUGCAAGUAUGUAUGUGUGUAUAUAAAAUGCAUAAUUCGUUCGUGCAAUUCACCUUAAAAACAUUUUAAGCAUAUUCGUUAGAAUUAAUUGAUAUAUGCUAAACGUUCGACUCAUCUUUCUUUGUGAAUGUACAUUUAAAUAAAUCAAAUACAUUAUACGCAUUGAAAAUAAUAAGACCUUCUAUUAUGCAUAACGCAAUAGUAUGUGCAGCGAAAGAUAGCGUAAUGUCAAAAGUAAAUACACAUGUAAAUGAUGACAGUUGUAUUUUGCUUCUUUCAUUUAAAAAUGAUUAGCUAUCAAAAUUCCUACUUAAGUUCAUUAAUACCUACAGAUUUUUAGCUUUCCUUCGUUGCAAUGUGGAUGAUCGCGUCAAAUAUCCGUUGACAAGUGAUCACCGAUCCUACGAAACGAAGCAUGUAUAAUAUCGAAAAGAAUCAUUGUAUGACCCUUUAAGUAAGACUUUGAAAAUAAUCUACCAAUGUUAUACAUACAUGUUAAUAUUAUACUUAUAUAUAAAUUUACGGUAAUGAUAAAUCUUGAUAAAAUAAAUAAAAUCUCUCACUAGUGAAUGGAAAAAGCGUUUUAUUAGAUAAUUUUCUGUGUUGAAGACAAGUUCUUAAGUACUUCUUAGUGUGGUAUAUCAAUCAAAUUUUAAAGGUUACUUUUAUCAAUUGAAAAUUAUCUAAUAGGUCGCUUAUUAUUAAGAAUAAUGAGCCAUUGCCUGAAAGAAAGAAAAAUGCUAAAUAAACGUUCAAGCGAGCAGGAAGAUUUCACUCACUUUCACUAAAUCUAUUCUAUGGACGAAAAUGCGACAAGCUUAUCUGAUAAAAUUUGAAAAAUUGAGUUAAAUAUAAUAGAGCUUGAAAUUGAUGAAAUUUGUAUGCAAGGAUAUUGGAUCUGAAAAUGUUAUUGUUACGAAAAAUCGACGAUGAAGGACGAGUUCCAAAUUUGUCGGUUCAAUAAAUAUGUUCAUGAAAUUGAAAGAACAUGUUAAGUAAAUGUACAUUGCGGAACAAUGUGAAAGGAAUAAAUCAGAAAAUCUUACAAUUUCCAGUAUAAUUUCAUAAAAUUCCUUCCAAAGAAUAAAGAUACACACAUAUAUAUAUAUAUAUAUAUAUAUUUAUGUAAUAAUCAUGCUUCUUUAAUAGUAUGAUU